AUGCUUCACAUUCCAAUAAACAUUCUCUCAGUAUUUUGAUUCUUGAAGUUGCUCUUGAACAAAAUAAAUCUCAUAACUUGCUAUUUCUUAAUGGUCAUUGUAUACCAUCACAAUUUGAUAUGACAAAUAGUAUUUAUUUUAGUGAAUUUGAUGAUUAUUUAUUAUGA